GGCUAGACGGACGCUCUGUCACGUCAUCAAACUGCGACAGGAUCUCCACACGUGAGGCUUUUCCACUGGAGUUUAAAACGUUUGGAGUAAAUAUACAAAAGAUUUGAGUUUCGGUCAUUGACGGUACAGAAAGAUGGAGAAAAGAGACGAAGAAGAGCUGAAGAAGACUGAAACAGAUAGAGAAAAGGAGGAGGAGGAAGGUGAUGAAGAGGAGGAGGUGAAGGAGCCUGCAGCUCAGAUGGAGGAAGAGGAGGAGGGGGGAGAAGGAGCAACAGACAGGAACGAUGGUGAUGAUGAUGGUGAUGAAGAUGCAAAAAAGUCUUUAAAGAAGAAGCCCAAAUUGAAAGUGGGCGGAGCCAAAGACUCAAAGUGCAUCCCAGGCAUCAUCUACCUGGGCCACAUCCCUCCCAGGCUCCGCCCCAAACACCUGAGGAACCUGCUGUCGGUUUACGGAGAGAUCGGACGCAUCUUCCUCCAGCCUGAAGACCGGACGGUGAGGAUGAAGAAGAAGAAGUCCGGUCUGAGGAGGUGUGACUUCACCGAGGGGUGGGUGGAGUUUAGGGACAAGCGGGUGGCCAAGCGAGUGGCGGCGUCGCUCCACAACACGCCGAUGGGAACCAGGAAACGCCAGCGAUUCGCCUCCGACCUGUGGUGCAUCAAGUACCUGCACCGCUUCCAGUGGACCCACCUGAGCGAGCGUCUGGCCUACGAACACACGGUUCUGCAGCAGAGACUCCGAACCGAAGUGUCCCAGGCCAAGAGAGAAACCAACUUCUACCUGAACAACGUGGACAAAGGCGCCCACAUGGACAAGGACAGGAGGAAGAGGCAGCGAGACGGAGCCCAGGUGGACGAGAAGACGUGGGACUUCACUCAGCGUCGGACCGAGGAUGAGAUCCAGACCAUGAAGAAGAAGAAGAAGCAGCAGCAGGGACAGAGAGACUCCAUUACCCAGAAGCGCCUGGAUAAGGCCCGCCUCAUUGAGCAGAAGAGCCAAUCAAACGUCUCUCUCCUGGCUAAGAUUUUCAACUCCAAACAGUCAGAGUGAAAGCCAACUGGCUGAUGGUGUGAGGUUUCCAUGGGAACAGGAUGUUGACUGAGGUGCCGAGGACACGCCUUCACUCUGGACCAAUCACAGGCCAGUGUGGACAAAAGAGGCGGAGCCAUCAGG